UGCGGCGACGCACUUGCAGCGAGAUCGGGAGGAGGAGGAGACAGCAAGGAUAGGCCCAGGAGCAAUGGCGUCCAAAGAGGAACAAGUGAUGAAAAAUAUCAACAUGGAAAAUGCCAACGAGGAAAAUGAUAAAAAGGAUGAAAAAGAGCAAGUUGCUAAUAAAGGAGAGCCUUUGGCCCUACCUUCGGGAUCCGGUGAAUAUUGUGUACCUGGAGGAAAUCAUAGGUGGUUCCAUGUUAGGCAGCCCAUCCUGCAGUAUAGAUGGAACAUGACUCAGAGGCUUGAAGAGCCACAGGCAAGGAUGAGAGAGGAGAAUAUGGAAAGGAUUGGGGAGGAGGUGAGGCAGCUGAUGGAAAAGCUGAGGGAAAAGCAGUCGAGUCAUAGUCUGCGGGCAGUUAGCACUGACCCCCCUCACCAUGACCAUCAUGAUGAGUUUUGCCUUAUGCCUUAA